GCGGGCACUGCGCAGCGCAGGCGAGUCCCAGCUACUGUAUAGCGCCGCAUUGAAGCCGAGUGGCGAUCUGAGAGCCGAGGCUGCGAUGCGAGAGGCUGCGCCGGCUCAUCCGCACGGACUCUGCCGCACUCGUAGUUGCACUUUCAACUGCAGUCCCGCGAGGAAGCGGCCACUCGAAGCUCUGCUGCUUUGCCAAUGGAAAAUAAUGCGAGGAUCAAUCAGCUCACAAUGCAUUUUCGACUUGGACAGAGAGAGGAUAUAAACACAUCAGUAUGGGAUUUAUGACUAUGUCCUAAAUGGCUCGAACGUUUUGUUAUGAACGUGAUUAACACGAUGGGAUAACAACCAGGAAAUGCUACAUAAUUUAAAAUGCAAGCAAAAACUGGGAAAGCUCCCUGUGUACUGUUGAAAUGACAAUCUGAUAGGAAACUGCAUGUAGACCUGCGAAGGUAUCAAAAGCCAUGCGUAUUCUUUCAAAUGCCAGCGCUAGUGGAUACUUUUUUCCAGAUUAUUUCUGGAAAAUCAUUUUUUAACAUCCUUACUCUAAUGGAUAUCGAGAAAGUAUUGAUCAAACAUACCUCAAUCGAAACAUCUUGGAAGAAAAAUGAAAAAGGGAAUGUAAAUAAUCGCUUACACCUUCUUCAGGAAAAUGUAUGUGUGUGUGUGUGUGUUUUUCUGUGUAACCUCUGUAUACUGAUUUGAAACUACAGCACAACCAUAACCAUGCAGUUUGGUUGACUCAUUUAUUUCACUUUUUCAUUUAUUUUUUUAUUUUGUUUACUUUUAUUAAUUUAUUCUGAACGAUUUCUCGUCCAAGCUUCUGGAACGUCAAUGCUGAAGAUUUGCAAUGGGCUGGAAAGGCUUCGAGUGAAUGAAAUACAAGGGGAAAAUCGAUUCUAGGAGCGAAAGAGCGAAGUUUUGAGCAUCUGAAAUCUUAAUCGGGCGCCGGGAACACUAUAAUUUGAAGAUUAAAACACUUCAAGGAAAAUCAGGGGAAUGCCGAGAAUCAGUUUGAAAACCUAAGUGACAAUGUCUUUAAAAGACGCCCAAAAAUCUGAGGGGACGGGGUUGGUCCACUUGAAGACAUUUUGGUCCUUUUAACUCUUUUUUUAUGUAUCUUCUCUAAAAAAAAAGAGUACAAAUCCUUCGCUCCGACAUACACGUAUCAUUUCUUUUCUUUGAACACUUUUGCAAAGUCGACGUGAGUGAAAUCCCGUGUGUCUCUCGGCCGAAUGUCGCUUCAAGCGCUGCUCUGCUGGUCGCUGUCCGUCGACUCGGUGCUGAAAUUUGGAUGAUGACCGGUCGCAGAUUACAAGGCUGCCGCUCCCGGUUUCACAUCAACGAAGAUAACGGCAGGUUUCUUCUGCUUGCAGUCCUCAUCGCGCUUUAUUUGCUGUGCGGAGCAGCAAUCUUUUCCGCCAUCGAGAGACCGUGGGAGUUAAAAGCACAGGAUCAGUGGAAUCGGACUCUGCACAACUUCAGCGGAGCUUUCAAUGUUAGUCUGGCGGAGCUGCGCACUCUUCUGCGAGAGUACGAAGUGGCCAUAGCUGCAGGAAUCCGUGCAGAUUCUCUGCGUCCGCGCUGGGACUUCACCGGAGCUUUCUACUUCGUUGGAACCGUGGUGUCCACAAUAGGUUUUGGAAUGACGACGCCAGCAACAGUUACUGGCAAAGUAUUUCUGAUCUUUUAUGGACUGCUGGGGUGUGCAAGCACCAUCCUGUUUUUUAACCUCUUCUUGGAGCGCAUCAUCACUCUUCUGGCAGUUAUCAUGAAAGCCUGUCGUGAGAGGCGGCUGCGAAGGAACGGCCUGAUGCCCCCGACCAUCCACAGGGCUUCGGCCUUCUCCCACUCUGAGAGCCUGGCUGGAUGGAAACCAUCUGUUUACUACGUCAUGAUGAUCCUAGGCAUUUCAGCCAUUAUCCUGUCAUGCUGUGCUUCUGCCAUGUACACCCCUGUUGAGGGCUGGAAUUAUAUCGACUCCCUCUACUACUGCUUUGUUACCUUUAGCACUAUUGGCUUUGGGGACUUGGUGAGCAGCCAGAAUGCUGCCUACGAGAACCAGGGAUUGUACAGAUUUGGCAAUUUCCUCAUCAUACUGAUGGGUGUUUGCUGCCUUUACUCUCUGUUUAACGUUAUUUCUAUCAUUAUUAAGCAAAUGCUCAACUGGAUGCUGAAAAAGCUGGAAUGCCAAUGCUGCCAAGGAUGUCACAAAAGUAAUGCGUUCCUGGGGAGGCGCAAUGCCAUCACUCCUGGCUCCCGGAUCCGCAGGAAUCACUUUUCCAUGGAAGCCGAGCAGCAAUAUGAUAGCGACAUAGAUGGACGGAGGCUCUCGGGUGAGAUGAUCUCCAUGAGGGAUCUGACUGCCUCCAAUAAGGUCUCACUGGCCAUCAUGCAAAAGCAUCUUUCAGAGACGGCUAAUGGUUUCCCACGGACUGUCUGCUUGAGCAAUCGGCACAAUGGCUUCUCUGAUGGAGUUGGGGCCUUGGCCAUUAUGAAUAACCGUCUGGCAGAGACCAGUGACACCAGGUAGACAGACAGAGAGUGGGAUUUUAAGAGGACAGGAAUUUUUUUUUUU